UUCGCCGCACGCACAACCCAACCCACCACCGCCGGGCCGCACCACAGCACGCGAUGGCCGCCGACGCACCUUCCGACGACCCGCUUGCCGGCGGCGGGGACAGCGCCUGCUCCACGCCGUUCGUCAGCGCGCCCUCCAGCCCCACCCGCGACCCCUUCUCCGGCCACCACCACGCCGCGUGCUUCUUCAGCGCGCCGGCGAGCCCCACCCGCGGCGCCAGCAACGAGUUCGCCUGCGGCGGCCUCGACUUUGACUUCGACUUCGACUUCUCGUCCCGCUUCCCGUCGCCCUCCGCCGCCGCCAUGUCGUCCGCCGACGAGCUCUUCCACAACGGCCAGAUCCGCCCCGUCCGCCUCUCCUCGAUGCUGCUCCAGCCGCACCAGCCUCACCUCGCCUCGCCUUCACAGGCCCCCGUGGUGGUGGAAGAGGGCGAGCGCGGCCGCUUCAGGGGCCGCUCCGUGCACCGCAAGGCGCGCUCGCUCUCCCCAUUCCGUGCCCACUGGAGGUCACCAUCCGCCGCGCCGCCGCCGGAGUCCGACUCCGUCGAGCCGGCGGCCACGCCCCCGGCCUCGCGCUCCUCGUCGUCCUCGUCCACCGCUUCGUCCGCGUCCUUCUCUUCCUCGAGGAGCUCCCGGCGUUGGGGCUUCAUUAAGGAUCUCCUCCACCGGAGCAAGUCAGACGGCGGCAAGGACAGCCAGCACCCUGCCGCUCCGGCUCCCCCGACUUUCUCUGCCACGCCAAAGAGGAGCCCAUCUCCUUCUCCAUCGCCGGCGGCGGCCAGGAGUAGAGGGGCAGGGAGGGGCAGGCGGAGGUCGGCGCAUGAGAGGCUCUACGAGGCGAGGAGGGCGGAGGCGGAAGAGAUGCGACGGCGCACGUACCUGCCCUACCGGCAGGGCGGGCUGCUGCUCUUCGGUUGCAUCGGCCUCGGCAACCGCAGCUAUGGCACCGCCGUGCACGGCCUUGCUCGGGGUCUCAGCACCGCCACCGCCACGGCCGUCUCUUCAAGGUCAUGACAGCACCUCGUAUCCAUGGACGCAUCCGCUGGAGCUGGAGCUGGAUGGAUGCUGAUGUUGUGUGUGGUCGGGGCAAUGCAGCGUGAACAAGUGCAAAAGAAAUUGCAUAGAAGAUACCACUAGUAGCAGCGUUCUAUAGUUUCCUGUAUGGAUUUUGGGUUGGUGUAAACGGGCUUGUGUAUCUACGUAGUACUAGUGAUAAUUAGUGCAAAAAGAAAUUAGCAGUAGUAGUCUACUACUUGCUUCUCUUA